CUCGAGUGAAUCAGUCAUAGUCAGUCACUGACCACGAGUACUUGUACAAUAAUUUUUUUAUUAUAUGCUUGAUAAAUCAUUUGGAUAUAAUAAAACAGUUAAAAAAAAAAUAGUGAUGAAUUAAAUAAUCACAGUUAUUUGCAUAUUAUAUAUUGUGUUUGUGAUGUUGAUGAUGAUGAUGAUGAUAAUGUUGUUAAUAAUGAAACUAAGUGAACACAGUGAUGUAAAUAUUUAAAUUAUUCUAUAUAAAUAUUAUUAAACAAACAAAAAUGGAUGAUAAAAUAACAGCAGACUCUACUGUACGUAGUCUAGAGUCAAAUGUAUCAUCUGAUACAUCAAAAAAUUCAAUAAAAACUGGUGAUUCUAAAACAGAUAGUUGUAAAGAUUCAAAAUACUCAAAAGAUAUAUUAAUCAAUAAAUCAUGUGAAAAAAUAUCAAUUAAUUAUUUAACUGAUAAUGAAAAUAAUACAAAAAAUAAUAAAAUUAACAAUAACACAAAUUUAAAUGACAAAAAUAAAUUAUCAAAUAACAUAAAUAAUAAUGGUAGCAAUGAUACAAAUAUCAUGAUGAUAACAUCAUGUGGACAAUUAAUAUUUGGUCUUGUGUUAAUAACAUUUGGUAUACUUGUGUUAAUUCAUGGUGUAUCAUUGGGAACAUCCGGAGCUGGUCUCUGGGCUGGUAUGAGUGCACUUGUUGCUGGUUCACUUGGUCUUGUUGCAGCACUUGCUGAAUCAACAUCAAAAACUUCAUCAUCAACUGGUUUUUCAACGGCUCAUCUUGCAACGACUCUUGUUGCUCUUGGUCUUGCUAAUCUAUCAACAAUUGCAGCAAUUAAUUCAAUUGUUCGUGAUGCAAGAUCAUCAGAAUCUGAUUUAUACAUUUCAUCAACUGAUGGAGAUGGUAAAUAUGAACAAGAAAGUACAAGUUGGCCAGGUUUGUUGGCAAGCAUUGGAUUACUCGUGAGCAGUUUGUUGGAAUUAUUUGUUGCUGGUUACACCUGUAUAAAGUUGAGUCCAAAAUUGUGUAGCUGCCUGGUUAAACAGUCAUUUGAGCCAAAUAGUCAAUUGGAAAUAACUGAUGUUGAUGGUGAUAUUGGCAAAUUAAAAACUAAAAAUAUGGUUCAUCAGUGGGUUAUUGCUCAAACACAUUCACCUAAGAAUUCAACACCACCAUCACCAUCAACGAGACAACAACAACAACCAUUUUAUAUUGUUCAUCAACCUCUUGUUACACUACAGCCACUUGUACAGACACCUUAUGGAGCUGUUCCAUAUUCAAAAUAUCCUCCAGGGGCAUAUCAUCUUCCAGCGUAUGGACCAAUUCCAAUGAUACCCCAGGUGAUGCCACCACUUGGUCGAGUACCAUCAAUGCAAAUGAAAAAAUUACAGUAUCGACCACGACAAAAAAAAUAUGCUAUUGAUCAUCAUCAUCAUCAUCAGCAUCAGCAACAGCAGCAGCAGCAUCGUGGAGAUGAUGAUUCAAUGGAAAGAAAAAAAAAUAAUCGUGAAACAAAAACAGAACCAAAGCGAAUGAUGCUUCCAAUUGGAGAAGAUGAUAAUAAUACACGUGAUUUUUCAUUGACAUAUACUGGUCUUGAUAAAAAAAUGUCUGAAGAAUUUAUAUCAAUCUGCAUGGAUCCAGAACGUAAAUCAAGAACAUCAAGUAAUUAUGGAAGUGAAAUUGACUCGUCAAAUGCUAAAAAAUCAUAAAAAUUAUUAUUAUUAUAUAUUUUGUAAAAAAAUAAAAAAUUUAUAUAUUUA